AUGGCAGAAGGAGGAACAACCUUAGAAUACACACCAACAUGGGUGGUGGCCGUUGUCUGCAGUGUCAUUGUCUUCAUUUCUCUUGCUGCUGAAAGAAUGCUCCAUUUCUUUGGGAAGUAUUUGAAGAAAAAGAAUCAGAAACCUCUCUUUAAGGCCUUGCAGAAGAUCAAAGAAGAGUUGAUGCUGCUGGGAUUCAUAUCACUGCUACUGACAGUGUUUCGAGACAGUAUUGCCAAGAUCUGUAUAUCAAAGGAUUUGGCUGAUCGAGGGUUGCCUUGUCAGGAAAACAAAGAACUAAUUACAGCACAUUUUCAGACCCUUUUCUCCUUCUUUUUUCAUCAUGGUAUUGGCCGUCGUCUUCUUGCUGAGGACUCUGAUACUGCUGCAUACUGUACUGCAUUGGGAAAAGCUCCAUUGUUAUCCACGACGGCAUUGCAUCAUCUUCAUAUAUUCAUCUUCGUGCUAGCUGUUGCGCAUGUGACUUUCUGUGCUCUAACCAUUCUUUUUGGAAGCACUAAGAUCCAUCAAUGGAAGAGUUGGGAGGAUCAUGCUAAGGAUAUGGAAUAUGAUCCCGAAGGAGGUAUUGGGAAAACAAAAAUCACCCAAGUCCAAGAACAUGAUUUUAUCAGGAAUCGAUUCCUGGGUAUUGGAAAGAAUUCAGAAUUACAAGCAUGGGUGUAUUCUUUUUGCAAGCAAUUCUAUGGAUCUGUGACUGAAUCGGAUUAUAUCACACUAAGACUAGGCUUCAUCAUGACACAUUGCAGGGGAAAUCCAAAGUUUAAUUUUCACAACUACAUGAUGCGUGCUCUUGAAGCCGAUUUUAAGAAAGUUGUUGGGAUAAGUUGGUAUCUUUGGGCCUUUGUCACCAUUUUCCUGUUGCUGAAUUUCGUUGGUUGGCAUACAUAUUUUUGGAUAGCAUUCAUUCCCUUCAUUCUUUUACUUGCUGUUGGCACCAAGUUGGAGCAUAUAAUCACACAAUUGGCCCAAGAGGUAGCUGAGAGACAUAUAGCUGUCGAAGGGGAAUUGGUAGUUCAACCUUCGGAUAACCAUUUCUGGUUCAACAGUCCCCGGCUCGUUCUCCGUCUGAUUCACAUCAUCCUAUUCCAAAAUUCUUUUGAAAUGGCAUUUUUUGCCUGGAUAUGGGUGCAGUACGGCUUCAACUCAUGCAUGAUGGGGCAAGUUCGUUUUAUCAUCCCCAGGCUAGUUAUAGGGGUGUUUGUUCAGUUCGUGUGUAGUUACAGUACCCUGCCGCUAUAUGCAUUUGUCACACAGAUGGGAAGUUCAUAUACGGAGGCCAUUUUCGAGGAACAUAUUCGCGAAGGGCUUGUUGGUUGGGCUAGGAAGGCAAAAAAGAACAAUAAGGGCAAUGCUUUCAAAAGAUCUGCCAAUGGCUUCGGUCAAGUUGGUCGGAAAGAGGAGUCUCCUCUGGUACUUGAGAUGGCAAUGGUAGAUGAAAAGGAAUCUGCUGUAUGGGAUGAUAGAACUAUAGAGAUUGAAUCAAAACUGUAAUAUAGAAAAUUGAC